CAGAAGCGGGCGGAGUGAGGGCCGGAAGCACCGGGCGGGAGACUUCAUCCCUAAUCCUCAAUUUUCGUGGAGUGUACCUGGCAAACUGAUGAUUUUGUGAGACGUCUAAUCUCUAGUCGCUCACCCCUCUACUUUACCACAGGGCUAGAAAUCGAUUUGAGGAAAUCUGCUACCAAUGAGCGGGCGGGGAGACAACCCCAACGCUGUUUUCUCUCUUUGCGGAAGCUGCGUCCUGGCCUCCUCAGUGUGGUGUUCGUUUCCUUUUUCUCCACACCUUCUCUAGCCGCCUUGUUUUUAUCGUUUUCCGCACCUGCCCUUCCGCACCUUCCCCAGCGCCCCCACUACCCCAAGCACCAUGUAUGACCGGGCUCCCCGCCUGCUCAAACUGGCUGAAGGUGGCAGCACUGAGGCCCAUGUGGGUCCUGGAUCCUACCAGGUACCUUUCCUGAAGCAGCAGGCGACAGGUAGUUAUGCUCCAUUUCUUUCUUUGACUGCCAGAGAAAGUACUUUUACCAGUGCCUCUAGCAUUGAGAAAGCUAUUCCAGGUCCAGGACACUAUAAUGUUUCAGAAGCCCAGUGUAAUAUAAAAGGAGGCCAUAGUCUGCAAAACCGGGAGAAACGUUUUAAGAAGUUUAUUUCAGAUAAUCCAGGACCGGCAAGCUAUGAUCAGUCUUAUCCUAGAAUACAAGAUAUCAUGAACAGAAAAGUAUUAGAGGCCAAAGAGCAUCUUCAGUCAAAAAUUUCAAGCACACCUGCACUUACCAGAAAUGUUGAUGUUCCUUCAAUUCCUUCUUAUGGAAAGUCAUAUGGUUAUCAUCUUAAUGAUGAUGGCAGUAUUAUAAAACGUCUUCCACCUGCUAGUGACAAUACACUUGGUCCAGCAUAUUACAAACCUCAAUUUGGUGUUUCCAAUGCAACUUUGAAAUACAAAGGCAUACAUUUUGGCAACUCUUCAGGAAGACAAGAGUUACCUAAAAAGUCAAGUCCUGGUCCUGGACAGUAUGAUAUAGGCCAGAAAAAGACAUCAUAUUAUGAAAAUGUUAACAUAAAGAGAGAUCAACAACAAAAUUAUUGCUCAUUUAUCCCACGAUUAUAUGAAAUAAUAGUAUUGCAGGCGAAAAAAAAGGGAGUACCAGGGCCUGGAAAAUAUGACAUUAAAAGUCAAUUUCAGAAGACAGAAAGUAUGACACAAAAUGCAAAUGAUGCAUCCCCUGCUUUUCUUUCUCAAUCCCAGAGAUUUUUACCUAUGCAAUCAAUAACCCCAGCUCCUGGCACAUAUAACGAACCUCGAACUGCUAUCAAGUCCUUGAAGAAAAAAUCAGGACUGAAAAAUAUUCCAUUUGGUCAAAGUGCUGUUCGAUUCACACAGGACAUCAGGACAGAGGAGAUGCCAGGUCCUGGGUUUUAUAAUGUCCUGAACAAUACUAUAAUUGCCAAUAUUAGAAAUAUCUGCUCGAAGAAACAGAAGAAAUGUGCAUUUGGUUCUUCUGUUCCUCGGACUUUCUUCUUGGUUCAGAAAGAAGCUUGUGUUACCCCUGGGCCUGCUGAUUAUCAGUAUGGUGGAAUUUCUGAUGAAUUACCUAACUUGACUAACAAAUAUGCUGCUUUCUUGUCAAGAGCUGAAAGAGCUACGAUGAUAUCAGAUAUGGUUAUUCCAGCACCAGGCAGCUAUGAUGUUCACAAAUCAUAUGAGAUGUCCCAAGUUAAGCAUAAAUAUAUGCCACCUCGUAGUUUAGUGGCUAAAAGAAAACAUGCCUCUUUUCUUAGUGCAACUCCUCGGUGUCUAGAAAAAAUGACUGAUGGGCCAGGUCCUGCAUCAUACAAUCCCGUUUUAAGGAAAUCUUGCCCCAUACCCUUAUUUAUGAAAGCAUCAAAACGCUUUGUAGAGUCCAGAGAGAUUACUCCAGGCCCGGCAACGUAUGAGCUCAGUCCAUUUUUAAGGCAUACUGUUCUGAAGAGAACAUUUAAUGUAACUCUGCCGAAUUCUUUCUUGAUUGAUAGAGAAACCACUCCCACUCUAGAACAAAAAGCCAAACAAAAACUCCGAGGAUGCAAAAUGGUGAGUGUAUCAGUUUGUUCUCACAGUGAUAUAAAGAAAUUCACAAGACUGGGUAAUUUAUAAAGAAAGAGGUUUAACUGACUCAGUUUCACAUGGCUGGGGAGCUCUCAGGAAACUUAAAAUCAUGGUAGAAGGCAAAUGAGAAGCAAGUACCUUCCUCACAGGGUGGUAUGAAAGAGAGAGGGAAGAGGAAUUGCCAAACACUUAUAAAACCAUCAUAUUUCAU